UUCAGUCAACGAAAUUCGGUUUCGGUACGUACAGCGAUUCGCCAAACGAUAUUUUAAUAUUCCAGUUUUACUGGUGAGCUAUUGUUUUGAUUUCUGCUUCAUCCAGAUGGCUAAAUGGAUUGUCUGCGCAAAAUAAGGCAAUAAACAUGCAACUCAACACGCCAUUUUCCUUGCCAUCCUUCCUCAAGGGAUGAACAUCGUCAUUGCUGGAACCUUCAUCUAACGGCCAAGAUGACUAUGAUCUCAACUGCACCAUCCCACCUGGACCGAAUCCUGCUAAUGGUUGGAAGUCCAGGGCGGUACCACGUCUUGGUGGCCUUCCUCCUUUGCUGCAUGCAAUUUCCAGUCUCAUUCAGCGACCAUCUGCUCGCUUUCUACACCGUCACCCCCAAACACCGAUGCAGAGCGGAUGCCAACUUGACCCUUGGUGACUAUGACUUAAGGCCCAUAGUCACUGAAAAUGGCAAACGUUUUUAUUCGGCAUGUAGCUUGUUUGCCGAUCCACUGGAUCAUUCGAAAGGAACUAAGCCUUGUGACAAUGGGUGGGAAUUCAUGAUAAACAAAGGGGAGUCCAGCGUUGUCACAGAGUGGGAAUUGGUUUGUGAACGCGAAUCCCUCGUUGCCCUUCUGCCUUACCUCAAAGCUGUGUCUGCCAUGGUAGGGGCGCUAGUCACAGGCAUCCUAGCAGAUAAGUAUGGCCGAAAAUACGUGCUCAUCCUAUCUCUGCUAUUCCACACCAGCUUCGGUGUCUUCUUGCACUUCCUGCCACUCUAUGGAAUAUUUGCCACAGUGUUCACCUUCCAGGGAUUCCUGAUAGCUGGAGUACAGACCACAUCCUACUUGCUUCUCAUUGAAAAUCUACCGACUAAAUGGCACGAAAAAGCUGCUUUAACAAUAGCUCUUUUCCAAUGCUCCGGCCAGUUGAUACUGGCUGUACUGGCGUGGCUUAUCCGGCACUGGAGAUACAUACAGUUGGUCAUAUCCGCUCCUGGAGUGGUAGUCAUUGGAUAUUUUUGGCUUCUCCCUCGUUCUUUGGCAUGGUUGGUUGUGGAAAAUCGCCAGCAUUCCGUCCAACGCCAAUUGGCAAGGUUCUCUAACGAGACCAAGCUGGCGGUGUCGCCUAGCCUGCGACUCCAGCUGCUGAAAGCCUGUCGCGUGGCCCUCUCCAUGCCCCAUGGUUACGCAGCCAGGCACAGAUUCGAGACAAUCAUCUGCUCCGCCCGACUCCGCGCCCUUGCCUUCACACAAUAUUACAUAUGGUUCGUGGUUUCUUUGGUAUCCAAAUGUACAAUCGAAGAUUUACCAGUUUUUAAAGACAACAUUUUCUCGCGUUUAUUCGUUCACGGGAUUUUAGAGAUGGCUUUUGUGAUCUUAAUAUUCCUGGCUUCAGGCAGCAUUGGUCUGAAACUAACCCAAGGCUCUUCCCUUUCUAUCUGUGGAGUAUGUUGUAUGUUCGCCGCCAUCAUCAAUCAUGAGGUUCUGCAAAUGAGAUCUGAAACUGUUUCAGAGCGAGGUCUUCACCACUUCGCGCCACUAUUUGGUCUAUUAGGAAAAUGUAUUGCAAGUGCAUCUUAUUAUACGUUAUGGAUACAUGCCAUCAAAACCUUUCCCACGGGUAUACGUGGUUUGGGAGUAGGAUCUUGCCUUCUUUGGAGCAGAGUAGCUUAUUUUUUCAUCCCGAACAUAGAAGAAUUGGACACGCAUUCUCAGUUCAUCGUUUUAGCCUUAGGCGGCGUCCUUUGCUUAGUCGGUGGUAUGUUGUCCUAUUGGGUGUACCCAGACAUCACAGCCCGUCCCCUCGCCACCAUUGCAGAAGAGGUCGAAAUCGGGCGUACCAAGAUCAUCAACGACAGCGAUCUCGACUUCGAGGACACAACCAUGCCUCCUGGGUUCCUGCCCGACAAAGAUACCAAUCACGAUCCAGAAUCCGGAUCGCACACGAGCGGUAGUCUAAACGCCACGAUGAGUAGAAAUCUCUUGAAGCGACUGACGGACAUGUUCCAGUGCAAGACUCAUAAAAUUCUGCAGACACCCUCUCAUUCCAUUAAUAAAAUGGGAUGCACUAAACCACCGAUCCGCACGGUGGUUGGUGGGGAUGUGUUCGAACCGGUGACGGGGUUCGUCUUCAAGUGGGACCACCACGAGCCGACAGUGAAGAUAUCAGAAUUUGAAAAGGAAAUGUCUACUUUCUGGAAACCGUGCAACGAGACAUUUGAGAAAAAAAUAUACGACAAACAUUUGAACAGUUUAAAUAUACUGUAUAACAUAGAAAAUAAUGAAGCUGAAGAUUUCACGAAUGAUUCAGUGGAAUUGGAAGGCAAUGCAGAGGAACCCCAAGAUUCGACUCUGUGAACUUGAUUCUAGAUCAAAAACUCUACAUACAAAGUUAUUCCAUAAAUAUUCACAAAAUACCAGAAAAACAUUUCAUAGUAUCACGAAAGAGCAGUGAAUAAAUAUCGAAAAAAAUUGAUGUUUAUGUUUUCGAGUAACAUCGCGGAGCUGGUACUCUGCAAGAACUGGAAAGUUGGGCUGCAAAUUUAUAAACUUUUGAUAGGAAAUGUGAAAUAUGUCAUCGUCACUCUGUAGUUAUAAUGAUCUUUCACUUACAAAGUGAAACAAAAGAACUUGAUUUGGGUCAUUUUUUUUUUUUUGUAUAGAAAUAAUUUAUUCAUGUAGAACCAAGUAGUUCGUAAGAAAGUUGCGUAUUUCUUACAGACAAUCAACAGUCAAGUGGUUCAUUUUUGUCAAUUGGGAAACAUUCUUUCUGUGCGUAGUUAUUUCUAAAGGUAUCUGACCGAUUAGGGGAAAGAAAAGGCAAAAA